AUGGUCUAUCGUGGCUUCGGCCUUGAGCAAGUGUCUCCGCCUCCCAAUAAACCCUUCAAUGAAAUGACACCAGAAGAACAGGGCGAACAUGGAGCACAGAUGAUGGUAAAUUUCAUGACUUCGUGUCCUGGAAAAACAGCUAUCAGCGGUGUGACUGGUUUCGCACUUGGUGGUGUGUUUGGUCUUUUCAUGGCUUCUAUGGCUUAUGAUACGCCACUUCAUACUCCUACUGUGCCCGGCGAAUCGCAGCUUCCAAGUAAUGUUAAACACAUAUCUGACCUGCCUUUCAAGCAACAAGUCAAGCUACAGUUCGCAGAUAUGGGAAAAAGAGCCUACUCAAGUGCCAAAAAUUUUGGUUAUAUUGGUAUGAUCUAUUCUGGUGUCGAGUGUGUAAUCGAGUCAUUGAGAGCCAAAAACGAUAUUUACAAUGGAGUGACCGCGGGCUGUCUGACUGGUGGCGGUUUAGCAUACAAGAGUGGGCCAUCUGCUGCCCUUAUGGGCUGCGCGGGCUUCGCGGCCUUUUCAACUGCCAUCGAUCUUUACAUGAGACAGGAGAAUGGCACUCCUCCAAAAAAUGAUUUUGACGAGUAA